AUGCCGGAACUUUUGAGAGGGAAAUCCGUUGGUGCUGAUGGAACGAUGACACCUAGCGGAUGGUCAAACUCUGAAGUUUUCCGUUCGUAUAUGAAAAAUCACUUUUUAAAGUAUGUUCAAGGUCGAGAUCAGUCUGCGACUAUACUUGCCCUUUAUGACGGUCACAGAAGCCACAUUUCUUUAGAUCUAAUAGAUUGGGCUAAAAACAACAAUGUUAUUCUAUUUGUUCUGCCUCCUCACUGCUCACAUAUUUUGCAACCAAUGGAUGUAGGUUGCUUUGGACCCUUUCAACUAAAAUACAAUCAGGAAUGUCUAUCUUUUUCACGUUUGAAUCACAAAACAGUCACCCGUUAUGAUGUAUGUGCUCUUGCUUGCAAAGCCUACACUGCUGCCUUGUCGCCAACCAAUAUUCAGGCAGCAUUUUCAAAAUCUGGCAUCUAUCCUUUUCAAUCAGCCGAUAGCAUGAUAGAAAAACUAAAGCAAAAAAUUACUCCAUCAAUCCUCUACCAAAAUGAAACAGGAGAUAAUCUUGAAAUUAAAACUGAAGAAAAAAAUACCACUGAACCAAAUGAACUUGCAACAUCAAAAAUGACACCUGCAAAUUCAGACACAGCCUGCAGAGAGAAACAAACAAAUUGCACUGGAGAUAGUAACCUAUCAAAUAAUGAAGAUUUCUUUUCAAAGAAAGGGGGAGAAGUCCAAUGUAAAAUUGAAAACUUAAAAAAGAAGAGAAGAAAUAUCAGUCAUGUAAUUGGAGGGAAAGCUGUAACUGAGGAUGAAACGCUUGGGAAAAUGAGAGAAUAUUUAAACAAUACUGCUAAAAAACCAAAAAAAUCAUGCAACAAAUUAACUUCUAAAAGUACAAAAACUGUGAGAAAACCAAUCAAAAAUAAACAGGAACCAAAGAAGAACAAGAAGUGUAUCGCAUCAUCGGACUCUCAACAGCCUGGACCAUCUUGUAUCAACCUUACUGAUUCAGAUGAUUAUAUUCUAAACUCAGAUGAGGAAGAACAUGAAUCGCAGAUGAGUGAAAAUGAGAAGUGUUGCGUUUGUAAAAAUUUCUAUGUGAAGUCAAGAAAUGUGUAUGAAAUUGCUAUUGUCAAAUGGGCUCAGUGUGAGUCAUGUGGACACUGGGUUCAUCUCCAGUACUGUUCACCUGUUCGUGUUGUCAGGAAAAAUACACCAUUUAAUUGUCCAUGCUGUGAAUAG